CCGAGGCAAACCACUAUUUGACCGAAUCCUUUAAAGAAGCAGAAUGCGCCGUGUUUUCGGUUGUCGGGACAGUUUCAAUGCUUUGACUGUAUAACUCGGGUAUCUUUAUCAGCCUUUGAAGAUGGUUUUCUAUCCGCCGCCAUGGGUUCCAAAACUCCCAUUUGACCCCCCGGACUCUGUUACCGUUGGGGAGUUCAUGUUUAGCGAUCGCUUCGGUCGACACCCCAUAUCCAAGAGUCGAAAUCCCUUUACAUGUGGUAUCACGGGGAAGACAUAUUCAAAUGCCGAAACCCACCAGAGGACUGAUUUCCUCGCAAGAGCUCUCUCCAAGGUAACAGGAUGGCAGCCAAACCAGGAAACCCCCUGGGAGAAGGCGAUUUGCGUCUACUCCUUCAACACCAUCGACUAUCUCACCGUGUCGCACGCGAUCCACCAACUGUCCGGCAUUGCGAGCCUUGCCAACGUUGCCUACUCGGCACAGGAGCUGGAGCACCAGCUCAAGUCGUCUGGCGCCAAGGUCCUGUUCACCUGCGCGCCCGUCCUGGAGACCGCCCUCACGGCAGCAAAUGCCGCCGGGAUCCCAGAAGAUAAAGUGUUCAUCAUGGACCUCCCAGGCUACGACAAGCCAUCUUCGUUCAAGACGGUUGAAGACUUGGUUGAUCUGGGCCGCACUUUGCCCGAGCUCGAGCCUCUGAGGUGGUCUAAGGGCCAGGGAGCUCGGCAAGUUGCCUUCCUAUGCUAUUCAAGUGGCACUUCCGGCCUUCCAAAAGCAGUGAUGAUAUCGCACAGAAAUGUGAUUGCGAAUAUGAUGCAAUACACCUUAUUCGAGCGUAAGGGUAGGGACAUACUUGGCGUGGAGACGCAGGUUGUGCUUGGCUUGCUUCCAUUCAGCCAUAUCUAUGGCUUGGUGGUUGUUGCCCAUUCCGCAGCCUGGCGAGGCGACGGGAUUAUAGUGCUGCCAAAGUUCGAAUUGACGCAGUACCUCGAAGCUAUCGAGAGGUUUAAAAUUAACCAUCUCCUCGUGGUUCCCCCGAUCCUGAUUCGAAUGUUGAGCUGCAAAGAGGAGUGCAGCAAGUAUGACCUGAGCAGUGUCAGGCUUCUCUUCACCGGUGCAGCGCCAGCCGGGAAGGAGACGGUCGAAGGGCUGCUCCGGCUGCAUCCUGAAUGGCAUAUCGGUCAAGGCUAUGGCAUGACCGAAACUGCCACGGUCGUGAUCUCAACGAGCGAGCAUGACAUUGUGCAGGGCACGUCUGGAUCUCUUCUCCCGGGAACGCGAGCAAAAAUAAUAGACCUAGACGGGAAAGAGAUCACCCAGGAGAACACCCGGGGAGAGUUGAUGAUACAGUCGCCAUCGGUCGUCUUGGGGUACCUGAACAAUGAGCAGGCCACGACGGAGGCCUUCGUAUGGGAUGAAGAUGGACGGUGGAUGCGCACAGGAGAUGAAGUUGUAGUGACGAAGUCGCCAUUGGGCAACGAACACUUUACAAUCGUCGACCGCCUGAAGGAGCUAAUCAAGUGCAAGGGCCAUCAAGUUGCUCCCGCCGAACUGGAAGCUCAUCUGCUGGCCCACGACGCCGUGGAUGACUGUGCAGUCAUCGCCGUGCCUCAUGAGAAGGAUGGCGAGGUCCCAAAGGCGUUCGUGGUGAAGCCGCGGAACAUGACCUCGAGGGGGGACGACGAAGUUGCCGCAGAAAUCAUCAAGCAUGUCAAAGACCACAAGGCCCAUUACAAGUGGCUGAAGGGUGGGGUCGAGUUCAUCGAUGUCAUACCUAAGAGCCCCAGCGGCAAGAUCUUGCGGCGGCUGCUCCGCGACAAGGAGAAGGAGGCGAGACGAGCAAAGGGUGCCAAGUUGUAACGCUCAGGCCGCAUGGCUCCCCAGGGCAACAACAUGGCCGGCCUUGUUGUUGACAUGACCUAUGAGGAAGAGAGAUGUUGGACAUGUAUAGCGAGCGGAGGACACUGGAUGAAAGUCACCAUUUGCGCUGAUCUAGCUAGUUGUCAAUACGUUGGAUAGCUUAUACCAGAACACAUGUAAUCCGUACUCCGUAUGAGAUCGGGAGAUCGUCG